CCUCACCCUACACACACCAUACAAAAAGCAGCUAAUAGGGUCGUUUGGGAGGAGAGUGUACAUAAAGAGCUGAAACAGAAAGAAACAGAGAGCGAAGCCAAAAAAGAAAGAAGAAGAAAGAAGGAAAGUAUGGAUUCCGGAUCAAAAUUGAUGGUGGUGGCAGCUUUCCUGCUCUUAACCAUUUCGAGCUUCCUUGUCGUCGACGCGAGGCUUGCAGACACGAGCAUCGUCAGGGGACCGGAUUGUAUCGGCAAGUCAGAGGAUCAAGAGUACAACGGCAAAGUGGCUCGUCUCAUUAACAUAUUCGUCGACGAGACGAAAAAUGUGCAGCGCAGUCAUCACAACGAUUACAGUUACGUUCACAGCUACCCGAAUCGUGACAACGGCUCGGUUAUCGGAGGCGCUACCUGUGACAGGCACCUUUGGAAGCUGGAUUGUUGGGCAUGUUUGGUCACUGCUAAGAACAAACUCAAGAGCAAUUGCGAGCAUACCCUUGAUGCUAGGCUCGAAUUGGCAGAUUGUUCCAUCUGGUACAAAAUGAUCCAAUAACUUCACUCUGUGUUUCUAGAUAUAUUUGUAUAAAUGUGCGUCUCUCCUUCCCCUACUCUUGUAAGUCCGUUAUGUUUUUGUUUUACCCGUCUGCUGCUUUGGUUGUGUUUGGGUCUAUCUUUAUCUUAUCUUGCUUUUCGCAUUUAAUAAGGUUCCCGAAUGUGUGGAACCGAUUACGAGCGGAAACUAUCAAUACUUGUCUAUGAUGCAUAUGUUUUUUCAAAUUGAUGAUUAAUGAAAUCUUACAUGACAU